CUGCUACAACCACAUAGCUAGGAGGAGCCCUUUUCCCCAUAUAACAUAGUGGCAACAACUAUUACACUACUAGACUAGAAGAAGAUUUGUAUGAAAAGAUUUUGUUUACUGAGAAUCUGAAGGAAAAUUAGCAGGAAAAAUUUUUUUUUUUUUUUGUUUUUGGUUCGGUCCGGUUGUUGGGGAAAUUGGGAUGAUGGGAGGAGGAGGAUAUAGUAGUAGGAGCAGUGAUGGUGGGGAGGUGGUGAUGAAACCUGCAUGGCUAGAAGGGCUCAUGGCUGAGACAUUCUUUGCUGCUUGUGGGGUCCACGAGAAUCGAAGGAAGAAUGAGAAGAACAUCUUCUGCUUAGAUUGUUGUCAAAGCUUUUGCGCUCACUGUCUUCCUUCUCAUCAUUCUCAUCACUUCCUUCAGGUGAGACGAUAUGUCUACCAAAAUGUUGUUAGAUUGGACGACCUCGAGAAGUUCAUACACUGUUCUUUCAUCCAGCCAUACACUAUAAACAGUGCCAAAGUUAUAUUCUUGAAUAAGAGAGCAGCACAAUCUAAGUCUGGCAAGACUUCUGGCAAUGCUUGUUUCACCUGUGACAGAAUUCUUCAGGAGCCAUUUAACUUCUGUUCUCUUUCAUGCAAGGUUGAUUACAUGGUAUAUCAUGGGGAGGAUUUGUCAAGUAUCCUAUAUAGGUCUGAGGAGUCUGAUUUUGCUGUGUCUCAGUUUGAGAGAUUACACGUGGAUGGCCCUGAACUUCUUGAUGAUGAUGGUCAAAUUACCCCAAACUCCAUCUGGGAGUUGGAGGACCCUUUAGUAUAUAGAGGCUCAACAUGCCCUUAUACAUCAUCCAUGGACAAUUCAGGGAUUUCAAUGGAACCAGAAGUGGUGAAAAAGAAGAAAAAGGGCAGUGGAUUUCUCCCUGGCAUUGAGCUCUCCUUGAGUAACAGGAGAAAGGGUGCUCCUCAUAGGUCUCCACUGUCUUGAAAAUGAUUUCUCAAAAUAAUUUACUUGAGUAGCAGCAGCAGCAGCAUUAUUGUAUCAGCUAUUGUAGUACCAAGCACUACUAGAUUUGUGUCAUUUAUAUUUGUAUGAGUUGUAGUAGUUUGAAUCUUUUUAUCUUUUCAUUUAACUCCCAGUGCUUUGGUGGAUUGGAAUUGACUGAAUCUGGCGAUUCCAUUGCUAACCACAGGUGAUGGUCAAGAGCCUGUAUUCGGAAAAUAAGCUGUUGACCAUUGCCAGUUUUGUUUGUAGUACUUGCUGUAAUGGAAAUUGCCUUGGCAUAUGAUUUUCUGUAACGU